AGUGCGCGACGUGCGUGUGCGUGUCUGGCUGAUCCGUGAAUGGGGCGCUGCUUUUGGCUCUAGGUCUUGGUUUGGCAGUGACACCGCUGGGGGACGAUGCCUUGCUGAAAAGGGGGGGACAGGCCCCGGGGAGAUAACGGCCAUCCCUUUGCACCUAAGCGCAGCUCUGAAACUUUGGACAAAAAUAACGUGGAUCUAAGGACUUCUUACACGCAAUUUACAUUCAGCUUUUUUUUUUUUUUUGCUUUUUUUCCCCUCAAGAAGCGAAACGGUGACUUAAUAUAGCCGCUGACCUCCAUGAUUGCUUGCCGAGUCUGCUAGCGAGAUACAUGGAUAUAAAUUGUGGGAGGCGCCUGAGAGCGACCCGAGCACACAAUGCAGGACAUCUGAUGGAAACGGACGUGUAGUUUUCGCCUUAUUUGCUUUUGCACGGGAAGCCGCAAAGCCGGCGCCCGUUUCGGACCUGUGCUCGCCUUCCGUGCGCGUUUUGCGGCUCAUCUGUAACUUGCGGCUCAUCUGUAACUUGCGGCUUCUGUUUAUUAUUCGGCGUGAUCGGAAUCAAUGAAGGCUGGCACUGGUUCAGCUGGGAAGCUACCUCGCUAGUUUUGUUAACUAAUUAGUAUCCUUUUUUCUUGUCUUUUGAAAUAUGUGCCGUUGGGAGACUUUACUGUAUCUCUAAAAUAGCCCGCUAUUGCUUUGUUUCACAGAACUAGAUAGCGAAGUACAGGUAUACAAUUUUGAGAGCUGCAUUUUAUAAAAAGCCAUUUGCUUAGUGAAAAUAGACUUUAGGGUUAAUAGUUUCCGAUACAAAACAGGCGUUCAUUUUAGUGUUCAAGUCACUGUUUUGAACAAGAACAUUUUUUGUGUUUACCUUAGGCUGCCUCUUUGGGGUUUUGCAGGGAGUAUUAAACGAAAAGAAAGUUUUGCAAGGUUUGAUGAUUGAACAACUACGAGCGAAUCUUCAUAACGAUUUUCCCCCCAGUUGUUAUUGACAUUUUAAGGUUAACUGGAACCCGGCUUUUACUCGAAGGCCAGUUUCUUUGUGGAGUAAAAUAUUGAAUACCCAUGAACAUACGGAGGUCAAACCCCAUAAAUAUAACGCGUUAUGGGAGAACGAGGCAUAAAUCUCACGACUUUGACGAUUUGUCUUCUCUGAGGGCUACAGAAUCGGUGCAAAGUUUCAGCCCCAAUUUAGGAUCCCCAACUCCUCCAGAGACACCCAGUACUUCUCACUGCAUUUCUUCCAUUGGAAAAUACUUAUUGUUGGAGCCGCUCGAGGGGGACCACAUUUUUAGAGCUGCCUAUAUACACAGCGGAGAAGAGCUCAUUUGUAAGGUGUUUGAUAUCACGCGCUAUCAGGAGUCGCUGGCGGCCUACUUCUGCCUGUCCGCACACGAGAACAUCGACCAGAUCGUGGAGAUCCUCUUGGGCGAGUCCCGGGCCUAUGUGUUCUUCAGGAAGAGUCAUGGGGACAUGCACUCCUUCGUCCGUACGUGCCGAAGGCUGCAGGAGACCGAGGCUUCCCGACUCUUCUAUCAGAUAGCCUCAGCCGUUGCCCAUUGCCAUGACAACGGACUCGUGCUUCGAGACCUGAAGCUGAGGAAAUUCAUCUUCCCGAGUGAGGACAGGAAUCUCAUCAAACUGGAGAGCUUGGAGGACGCCUACAUCUUGCAGGGAGAGGAUGACUCGCUGUCAGAUAAGCACGGCUGCCCGGCCUACGUCAGCCCGGAGAUCCUCAACACCAUGGGCAGCUACUCCGGCAAGGCGGCUGAUGUGUGGAGUUUGGGAGUCAUGCUCUAUACCAUCUUGGUGGGCCGCUACCCCUUCCAUGAUGUGGAGCCCAGCUCGCUCUUCAGCAAGAUCCGGCGCGGGCAGUUCAGCAUUCCGGAAAACCUCACACCCAAGGCCCGGUGCCUGAUUCGGAGCAUUCUGCGCAGGGAUCCUGCUGAGAGGCUCACGUCCAGGGAAAUCCUCGACCACCCUUGGUUCUCCUCCAGCAUCCGUUCCACAGUCUUGGGACAAGGCAAGCAUGACAAGGAGACGUCUGAUCAGGUCGUCCCCGAUGUCAGUAUGGAGGAGGAUUUGGACAAAUUCUUUAUCUGAGCGGUCAGAAAUGGGAUCUGCUCUUAAAAUGUGCAAAAACACAGGUGUCCCAAACCCGGACAUAGACUGGCCUGCGGUCAGGGUCCAGCAGAGUUGGCCAGUCUCUGUACACCCCAGAAGCCCCCUAUGUGCGAAAUGCCCUCACAGUGUAGCAGAUGCUCAGAAGUGGUGCUCUCUGGUUUGGUCGAUGCCCCAUUAAAGAAUCAGUUUCCGGUUGAAGGACACGAUUGCAAUUCAGUUAGUGCUGGGUACACCCCCCCCAGAAUUAAUGACCCCCCCCCCCCUCAACUGCUGUAAUUUUUGGUUGUUAGGUGAUUCCCAUCUUUUAUACACUUGGACAUGGUACAAUGUGGAUGAGAAAACAACAACUUUUUCUUAAUAUCCUAGAUAAUAUAUUUAACUUUUUAUCCCUUUUAUUUAAUCUCUCUUCCCCCCCCCCCCCCCCAAAAAGACAAUUAAGCACCUCUUAUUUGUUCGGUUAAGCUAAUAGCCAAGCUGUUCCACUCCCCUUAUCUGUUCCAGUUUAUUUAAAAUUCGCUUCCAGGUCAGGUUAUUGUGCAGUAUUUGUUAUGAGGUCCCUAUGUGUAAAUGUAUUCCAUGUUCAGUCCGUAGCAAACACAGGAAGCACUCAUGCCUAACUCCUAGUUUAUUGGCACCAAGCCUCCUCCCCCAAUUUUUCCAUUUAAGUGCUUUAUUUAAUAAAUUUCAGUGUUUUGUUUUCAGAGAGUCACUUUGUUUAAUAUAUAUAUAUAUCUGUUACGUACAUGUUGUAUGCAAUCCGUGGACACAGGGCAGGUCUAACAGCGAGACCUGUCUUACGUUUAGAAUAAUCAAUUUGACUCGCACCAGUGUUUGCAUCACCAUUGCUUUAAAACGACGUGGAAAGUCAUCACAAUUUCUAAAUCCUUGUAGAAGAUGCUACUAUGACUCGUUUCCAUCACGUAGUUUGCUAAGCCUGAAAAGGCUGUGCAUUGCCUGUGUUCUGGAUGCAUAGAAUUGGAUAUUUCGUGCUAUUUAAACUUUACUUGAAUAUGUGUUUUAUAGUUUGUGGCAUAUGCCCCAUGGAAGCUACCGCCAGCUAGAGGCUGAGUGUGUCGGUCAGUUGCUUGUAGGAGUUUUACUUGGGCAAAAAUGUUCUGAUGGCAAUAGGAGAAAUGAUUGGUCGAGAGAGAACCAAUCAGAUUGUAGAGAAGGUGGGUCUAAGUAAAUAGCGGAGGUGAGACCAACCAGUCAGACGUCAUGGCCCCACCUCCUCUACAAUCUGAUUGGUAUCUCUGUGAACCAGUAACGUUUCCUUUUGCCUUCAGAACAUUUUUGUGUAAGCAAAACUCCCACAAGCUGCUUGGUCGCUCAGUCUGUCUGUCCAUCAGUCUUUUCCACUUCCUGUAUUAUUUCUGUUUUAAAUUGAAUUUGUUUUUACUCUUAAGUUGGUGCUGAUUUGGUGCUAAUGUCUAAGGAGCCUUUCUCCUUUUUCUCCGGGGAGGGCUUCCUGAAUUAAGUGCAUGAUGUGUUCUCAUUGCCUCUGCCGUCGAUUUUUGUCAUGUAUCUGGUUCGAUGUCUUGUCUAAAUUUACUCCAUAAAUAAACCUUUAACUCCA